GCCUCUCUCUUUGAUCUGUUACGAGUCGUUUUGACCGCGAGCUUCUUCUUCUUUGCUCUUCUUCUCAAUGUCGUUAAAGUUAUCGAAUAAAUAAACCCUAAACACUUUGCCCAUGGAUUUGGAGUUCCGACGGAUUUGAAUUCUGAGGGAAAGGAGAGGAUUUGAUUUGAUUUAAUUGUUUUUGGUGAGUGUUUGGUGGCUCUUGGUUAGGGUUUAGGGUUCCGCAGGGAAAUGAAGUCUCUGGGGAAGCUUCGGAGAUUCGCACUGCACAAGGCCGACACCAAGGAGAAGAGAGAGUUUCUUCCUUCGGCACACUUGGAUGAGCUCGCUCAGGCUGCUAAGGAUAUGCAAGAGAUGAAAAAUUGCUAUGAUAGCUUACUUUCUGCCGCUGCUGCUACUGCAAACAGUGCAUACGAAUUCUCAGAGUCACUGCGGGAGAUGGGUACUUGUCUACUGGAGAAGACCGCAUUACAUGAAGAUGAAGAAAGUGGUAGAGUUUUGCUAAUGUUGGGAAAAGUGCAGUUUGAACUUCAAAAACUUGUUGAUCACUAUCGUGCUCAUAUAUUCUCGACAAUUACAAAUCCAUCAGAGUCUCUUCUUAAUGAACUUCGGACAGUUGAGGAGAUGAAGAUACAGUGUGAUGAAAAGAGAGGUGUAUAUGAAUACAUGAUGGGACAACAGAGAGAAAAAGGAAGGUCAAAAAGUGGGAAAAGUGAGAGUUUUACUGCACAGCAAUUGCAAGCAGCUCACGAAGAAUAUGAUGAGGAGGCAACCUUGUGUGUUUUUCGGUUGAAAUCUCUUAAGCAAGGGCAAUCUCGAAGUCUUCUAACACAAGCAGCUCGUCACCAUGCAGCUCAGUUGAAUUUCUUUCGGAGGGGACUCAAAUCACUUGAGGCUGUUGAGCCACGUGUUAGACACGUUACGGAACAGCAACAUAUUGAUUACCAAUUCAGCGGACUUGAAGAUUAUGAUGUGGAAGAUGGUGAGGAUGAUGCUGAGAAUAGCUAUAAUGCUAAUGAUGCUGGGGAAUUGAGUUUUGACUAUAGACCAACUAAGUCAGCGCAUGAUGGUGUUUUAAUGUCAAGGAAUUCGAUGGAUGUGGAUGAAGCAGGCCUUUCAUUGCUCCAAACUUCUACAGCGGAAAAUGCAGAGAUGAAUCUUGACAAAAACCAAGAGGAUCUCAGAGUGUCGAGUAGAGAACCUAGAGUGGGUAGCCAUUCAGCCCCAAUAUUUGCAGAGAAGAAGUUUGAUCCAGCAGAAAAAGUAAGAAAUAUGCAACCAUCAGCUCCACGGAAGCCUAACGCAUAUGUGCUGCCCACACCUGUUGAUGCAAAGGGUUCAAGUUCAUCAAGAACAAGCAGUCAAGUUCCUCGCUCAAGACCAAGUGGACCUACCCACAACUUGUGGCAUUCUUCCCCAUUGGAAGAUAAGAAGCAUGAGAAGGAUUCUGGCGAUGGUAACUUGUCAGGACCUACUGUCUCAAAAUCCCAGUCAGUACUCAAAGAGAGUAACAUUAAUAAUACCUCCACCCCGCUACCCCCACCUUUGGCCGGGGGAGUUUCACGUCCUCAGCUUGAUACAUUUAAUGCUUCUGAUACUAAAAAAAUCAAACGAUAUGCUUUUUCGGGUCCAUUAUCUAGUAAGGCUGGGUCAACAAAGCCACUUUUAUCUGCCAGUGGUCCCAUUGCACCUAUUGAAUUGCCCCAAUCAGUUUCUGGAAUGCUUUCUCGGUUGCCAAAUCCUCAGCCUUCUUCAUCUCCAAAAGUUUCCCCAAGUGCUUCACCUCCCCUGGUGUCUUCACCCAGGAUAAGUGAGCUUCAUGAGCUUCCUAGACCCCCAGGUAAUUUAGCCUCCAAGGCAGCAAAAUCUCCUGCUCUAUUGGGUCACUCUGCUCCAUUGGCCUUCAGAAAUCAGGAGCUUUCUGCAAUGAAUAAAAUCCCUUUGGAGGCAUCGAGUGCGGGAUCUCCACUUCCAACUCCACCAUUCCCUAGGAGUUUCUCCAUACCUUCGAGUAGCCAGAGAGCAAUGGCAAUACAUGUUGGAAAGCUUUUGGAUUCUCCUCUAGCUCCGGACAAGGCUGAGGACGUUGCUUCACCUCCAUUGACACCUAUUUCCCUCUCAAACAUUAAGCCAGCGUCAACUGUUAAUGAAAUGUCCUCGCAGGCUGGUCAAUUCGGAGAAGAUUGUUUUGGGUCAUUAUCUUCAUGUUGGGUACAGGUCUGUAAAUAUGAUGUUUUAUGUAUUGUUUAGUUUCUCAUCUGCCUUUGUUCAUUGUUUGUCUAUUGAUAAUGAUGAGAACUAAAUUUUACCUUUCUUUUUUUUUCCUCUCUUCUCUCUACCAACCUUCGAACGCCUGAUGUGGCGGAGGCAACACAUGCCGCCGACCAACAUGGUACGAGGAAGGUUGGUGAUUUACAUUCACUCACUCGUGGCAUUGUAAUGUCUCACGUGUAUCUUCAAAUGAAGAAUUUUGUUUAUUUUUACCAAGAAAUUGCAUAGA